GUCCUACACGAAGGACUAAGGCUUCCUUUUUUAUUUGUUUAGCAAGACCCCUCACGGGCCUGAGAGAGGCCCGUCCGCGCAAUACAAUCAUGUCCACCGCAGUGUCUUCCGCCGUGGCAUGCUUUAUGCUUGGAGCAUUCUUCUACUACCAGCCGCAGCAGCAGUAGUCACGAUUCCCAUCAAAACCACCUUCAUCCCGCAGACCUCUACUUGCAAUCUUACGAUCCGCUCUACCACCCCAAUCCUCAUUCCUACUCUCCGCAAUCGUCCCUAGAUUCACAAUUUAUCCCGUCCGGUGAUGAGUUCACUGGCCUCGAAUCCUGGGAUACUUGGGCUACGCUUGAUGCUGGUUAUUAUCAGCCAUCGAUAGCCAAUUCGACUUCUCUCUAUCCGACACCUGUUAUAGAAUCACUGCCAACUCCUGUUAAUAAUGAUCUCACUUCGAUCCUGGAACUUAAUGACUCCCAAGAAUUCCUCCAAUCUCUUGACGCUAGUUUGACAUGUCCUGAAGGUUCGUCCGAGAAACUCAUUCGGAUUUCUCUAUAUGAUGUACCUAACCAACCCCAGAUUACUGUCCUGAGCCCGCUACUAAUUUACCGCCUCCACCUGCAACCGCAACCAUGACCUCGUCACCUAGCUCAUCGUCUCCUUCCGGCGACUCUGUUCCUACUCCAUCAGUUUCUGGCCUUGCAAAACCCACUAGCGCCUCUCGCAUCGAGAAGCGCCAGCAGAACACACUGGCUGCUCGUCGGUACCGCCAAAGGCGAGUGGAUCAGUUGAAGAGUCUAGAAGAGGAACUGCGCAAGGUCAAAGAGGAGCGCGAUGCAUUGAAGAUGCGCGUCUCCAAGCUGGAAGGUGAAACGGAAGCCCUGAGAUGCCUUGUCGGGCGGGAAAAGAAAUAGUUUCUGCUCUGUUCUUUUGGAUGUAUAGAUUAGUGGCAUUAUAAUUGAGAGGAUCUUGCUGUCA